AUGGCAGCCCCCCUGGUGAUGCGGGACUUAAGUCCCCUCUUCUUUCGCUUUAAAGCAGAGGCGAAGGAGAAAAGGCUCCGCUUCAGCAAGCCGAGUGUCUGCGUUCCAAGCCCAACCAACAGAAGCGCGACAAAUCGUAUGUGCGCUGCGAUGGUGGUGCAGGUGGAUGCCCUUGAGGAGCUGCAUGACGAUCUCGCGCACAUCAAGGAAAGGAUGUCUCAGCUGCAGAAGGUGCAGCAGCGGCGGCUGCUGCAGGUCUUUGGGGACUCCCACGGAGAUACAGCGAUAGGCAACGAGAUAGACACGCACACAGCCAGCAUAACACAGUUAUUCUACAGAUGCGAAGUAAAGCUGCAGAAGAUAUGCCCUCCAGGAGUUUCAACUGGUGCUGCAGCAGAGGCGCGGAUGCAGCAAAAUGCACAGAAAGCCGUUGCUGCUCAGCUGCACAGCCUCAACCAGGCAUUUAGACAGCAGCAAAAGGCAUAUUUAGAAGGCAAGCAAGACGUAUAG